UAGAAACGGCUCGCGCAUCAUCUAACGUGGCAGUCUCCAAGACAACGUUCAGACGGAACUCUUAUCGCGGUGGUGACGUAAAAAUUUUUUUUUUAAAAUACUAAAACAGAAAAUAGAAACGAAAAGGGAUGGUCUCGUGCACGAGUCGGAGCUGGAAAAGAUCUGAAUCGGGUUUAUUUGUUGUUGUUGUUUUUGCGCUUGCGCGCGCGUUGGUUUACGGAUGAACUUGUGGAGAACGUUACCGCGACUCGGAGGAGGACAGAAGGACAGGAGGACCGAGGGGACACGGGAUGCGUGUUAAUACAGAGGAUGCACGCUUUCGGCGGAAAUCCUUGAAGCGCGUGCCAUGCGAGUGUCUCGCGUCGUUUUUGCGCCGCGCGCGCUUUGGAGAUGCGAUUCUGGAGAGAAAGAGAAAGAAAGAGAGAGAGAGAGAGACACGACCUGUUCUCUGGAAAGCCUUUUCUUCACGUGCACCACCGAUGUGAAUUAGGAUGAAGAAGGAGGGAACGCGCGCGUGCACGAUGGCUGAAUAAAUAAUAAUAAUAAUAAUAAUAAUACAUGCAUAAAUAAAGCGCAGAGAAGAGAAGCACAGCUGGCGUAAUUCCUGCCAAGAUGUAGGUGGUUGAGUCUAUCUGCUAAACCCCUUUCCUAAAGGCCUGUGUGUUGUCGUAGCGAUGAUUGCGACUGGGGGCGUGAUCACGGGCCUUGCAGCCCUGAAGAGGCAGGACUCGGCUCGCUCCCAGCAUCACCUGCCCGUCCAGUCGCCCGUCCCUCCUCCCGAGAAGAAACGUCUGAAAAGAAAACCUCGCACGGACAUCGUCGUGGUACGUGGGAAAAUCCGCCUGUAUUCCGCGUCUGGUUUCUUUCUAGUCCUCGGAGUCCUGAUUUUGAUGGUUGGCAUUGCCAUGGCUGUACUGGGGUACUGGCCUCACAAGGACCACCAAAGGACACCCGAGAACAAACACACGGGGAACGUCACGCAGGCGGCGGCGGCAGCGCAGGAGAAGGCAGGAAAGGUGGCGCAGUUCUUCGAGCAGCACUUGCACUCGGAGAAAAUGAAGAUGCUCGGACCGUUCACGAUGGGCAUCGGGAUAUUCAUCUUCAUCUGCGCGAACGCCAUCUUGCACGAGAACAGGGACCGAGAAACGAAGGUCAUCCACAUGAGGGACAUUUACUCGACUGUCAUAGACAUCCACAGCCUGAGAGUGCGAGAGCAGAAGUGUAUGAACGGGGCCUACGCGGGUCCUUAUGCUGACCACGAGAUCCGCUCUUUUGGUCAGGAUGGUCAGUACACCUCGCGGCUAGCCGCUAACACACUGCUGACAUUCUCCGGAUUGGGUGGCGACUUGCGACUGUCCCGCCGCACGAGCUCGGCUGAAGACGAGGAAGGUGUAACGAGCGAAGGAGGCUCGAGCUUGUUGUCGCCUGGAUAUAGGGAACGUUCCGGAUCGAUAUUCGGGUUCCAACCGGAAGGGAUGCGUCGCUGGGAAGACAAACGUAACAAUCUGAAGAAGUGCCAGACGCGCUCCAUCGUGUCGUCCUCCAUUAGCGCCUUCACUCUUCCUGUCAUCAAACUCAACAACUGCGUGAUCGACGAGCCUGACAUCGACAGCAUAACCGAGGACUCCGAGCAGCAACGAGACAGAUCAAGACCUUCGUCCAUGGAGUCCUUAACCGUACCUAUUCCGGAUAUCUCGAAAGCCUUCAAGCCUCCCGGUGCGACGUUGCUCCGGAGUAACUCUGCUACGGAAUCCCCCGCGUUUGCAUCCGCAUCCGCUUCACCAUCCUCCCUGUCCCCUGGAUCCACCAGUGGCCGAUUCCUGUCCCCCGGAGCAGCCCGGAAAGACUUCGGCUCAAACAGUUCUCUCCACAUGUUCUCAGCUCACUCCAAGUCUCUGGACCUGGAACGCGGUCCCACCAUGCUGACCGUACAACCAGAGCAGCGCAAGCAUCCCAGCUGGCCCAGGCUGGAUCGCAGCAACAGCAAAGGCUACACCAAACUGGAGAAUAAAGAAGACCCGAUGGACAGGCUGCUGGUGCCCCCAGUGGCUGUUAAACGGGAUUACACCAAAAAAGAGAAACUGCUCAUGAUCUCAAGGUCACACAACAAUCUGAGUUUCGAGCACGACGAGUUUCUGAGCAGCACUCUGAAACGAGGGACGUCCGAGACCAGAUUUUAAGGGACGUAUCGUGCACACGUCACAUCCUCGUCCCUCUGCAAUAGAUAUAAUGACCUUCUGUCGUUUUGCCAUUGUUGAAGUGGUUGUGAAUUUCAGAAACACUAGUCCCAUGGACUGCAAGCUCAGGUGGAUAUUCUGAUAGACCGAGCGUUUCUAAAAACAAAGCGUGAGGAUUUUUAACCCCGGACACAAAAACUCACCGGUUGAACCACUGUAAAUAGACUGCUGUGUAAUAGCUGUGUCGCUUGUUCAGUUUGUUAAAUGCAUUUUCGUACCGUUUCUGUAUUUGAUAACCGUUGAUACAGGACCUGUUGUGUAGAGAGUGUGUGCAUUGUUGUACCAGAGAAGGAUAAUUAUUUUGCUAUGAGGUUUUAAAUAAUUUAUUCAAAAAGAAGAACAACAACAACAAAAACUACACACACACACACACACACACACACACACACACGGCUAUUUUUGAACAAGAGUCUUCAAUGUAUUAUUUAUCUGUUUCUCAGAAUAAAAGUAAACCUUUCACACAACACGGGGUUUUAUAUGUUGUACGGUCGAUGCUGACAUAGAAGCACUUCACAUCUCGCCUGGAGACUUCCAGAAAAUGCCAUGCGUCAAAAACUGGUGUUCUUCACCAUGUGUACAGCUUCAUCAAAGCUAAUCAGAAGAUCUCGGGCCACUCGUUAGCUCACACGUCACACACUUAACGACUUUUUUAUUUUAAUUUCCCAUUAAUCAGCUGUUGCAGAGUGUUGAUUACUCUGUAUAUACGGAGAUCUACUAUGUUCUUCGUUUCUAUAGUAACAACUCACUCACAGUUUAAUCUACUAAUAACAAACGCUUAAAAACGCCUGUAAUCGUCAGUAUGCUGGCGUUUUCAGUAAGGAGGUGGUUUGUUUGACAUUUAU